AUGGAUAUCAAACAAUUAGAGAGAUAAGUUAAAGAAAUUACAGAAUUAUAGGAUUCCAUUAAAUGUAAGAUAAAACAUUUUCUUAUUUUUUAGAAACUUCAAAUUAUUGUUCAACAUUUCCAGAACAUAGUGGUAUGGUAGCAUUUAUUAUUGAAAAUGAGUUUAUAAGUGCCAGAAAAGAGAGAAAGAAACUAUAUUUGUUUCUAAUUCAUUAGAUUAUUCUAGAUGAAAAAAAUGCUAAAAGAAUGGAUUAUCCAUAUGUGAAGUGUUUUGGUCAAAAAUUGAAGAAAUUAAUCUUGGAUUAUGCAUAGUAAUAAGUGAAUUUAAGUUUUAGUUAAGUGGAUGAUAUAGCAGAUUUAGAAAAGGCAUAUGCUGUUAUUAGAAGAUGGGAAAAGGAUUUAAUAUAUCAUCCAAUAUUUUUGGAUAAAUUAAGAGGUAUACUUCAACCAAAAUAUGAUGAAUUGAAGUACUAAUAAAUGAUUGUUAAUUAAAUACAUCAGAAUGAAUUAGCAAGCAAUAAAAUUCUAGUUCAAAAUUUAUAAAUUAUUUAAUAAUUUGAUUCAACAUACAAAUUAUAUUUACAUUUGAAGUCAUUAAGAGAUAUUGAUGAUAAAUGUUUAGAUUUUAAUACAAACUUUGAUAAAUACAUGAUGAAAUGUGAACUUGAAAAAAUUGAAGAUUAUGAAAUGAUAGAUGAUCUUCUAGAAUAAGGUGAAGCUUCUAAAAAUUAUUUAUCUGAAGUAUUACUAUUAUUAAUAUUUAGAAUAUAUGUUAGACUUAAAUUCAUUAUUUGGAUUUAGCCAGACUAGGAGAACAACUUAUUAAAGAAGAUUAUGAAAAAAAAGAUAACAAAAUUGAAUAUUAUAAAUCAAAAAGACCUAUAUAAUGA